AUGUGGGCAGAAAAAGAAAAGGCCAGCUCGGAGUGGUUUACAGGCUUCUUUAAGCGUCACCCAACGCUGUCGCUGAGAAAGCCAGAGGCAACUAGCCUUGCCAGGGCAAAUCGCCCCAUUCAGAACCCAACCCUACCAGGUCCCAGCACCAACCCUGCCCUGCCAGGCCCCAGCAACAUCCCAGCCCUGCCAGGCCCCAGCACAAACCUGCCAGGCCCCAGCACUAUUCCAGCCCUGCCAGGCCCCAGCACAAACCUGCCAGGCCCCAGCACUAUUCCAGCCCUGCCAGGCCGCAGCACCAACCUGCCAGGCCCCAGCAACAUUCCAGCCCUGCCUAGCAUGAGCUUAGACACAGACCUGCCCAGUUCUUAUGCUAGCACCAGCACACCCUUGCCCAGCAAUGCCACACAAGAAGAAGGAUGUUUAGCAGGAGAUUUGUUUUCACUGAAUAGGUCACUAAGCAUUAAUUCUUUCUUUUCAGGUCCUGGCCUGAGAAUUGUGAUGAUUGGGAAAACUGGAGUGGGGAAAAGUGCUGUUGGAAACACCAUUUUGGGCAAAAACAUAUUCAAAUCUCAUCCCAGCGCUAACUCUGUGACUGGGACUUGUGAAAUGCAUCAAGUUCAAGAGGGUGAUAGGUGGAUUCAUGUGGUGGAUACACCAGGGAUUUUAGAUACAGGCAAAAAAGCUGCAGAUAUCAAAAACGAGAUAGUGAAGUGUAUUCAGGUUUCAAGCCCUGGUCCUCACGUCUUCCUGCUGGUGAUUCAGGUAGGAAGAUUCACCAAAGAGGAGCAGAAUUCGAUUGAGGCCCUGGAGGAAAUCUUUGGACCAGAGGCCUCCAAUCACAUGAUUGUACUGUUUACUCGUGGGGAUGAACUUCAGGGUCAAACAAUACAAACGUAUGUACGCACCGGUCAUCCAAAGCUUCAAGAAGUGAUUCAACGAUGUGGCAACAGAUUCCAUGUUUUCAACAACAGAAAUGGGAAUAGAAGUCAAGUUGUUGAGCUGAUCAAGAAGAUUGAUGACAUGGUGGCAGGAAAUGGAGGAAAGCACUUCACUGAGAAAAUGUAUCAGGAGGCAGAGAGAAUGAUUAACCAGCAAAAUAUGACAAGGGAAUUGGCAGAGCUCCAAACAUACGAAUUCACAUUCCUUGCUGAAUUGCUGCAGAGAGUAAUUGAAUAAAAAAAAAUACUUGAUUUAGAAGAUGACGAAUAAUUAAGCAUAGCUGUGGCUAUUUCCUCUCCACGAGGAACACAAUCUGUGACUACCUCCACUGAUGUGAAUUAUGAUAUCUUUACCAUUUAGCUUACGGUAGUAUAACAUAAUAUAGUACUUGGGUAGGAAAUCUCUCCUUCUCUAAUCAACAUUUUUCUUUAUUAUUUUAGAUGCACAUUAGUUAAAAUGUCAUGCUAUGUAUUACAAUUCAGAAUGUUGUGAAUACAGUAUGAAGAGAAAGGUGAAUAUGAACUGUGGUAUGACAUGCUGAUUGAGGUCCAAGCUUACGGUAACCUCAAAUGAAGUCAUGGUGGUAUGAAAUUCAAGCAUAAUCUAACAAAAAAUAUAUAUGUAUUUUUGUAAAGAGAUUGUUUGUUUAUUGUUUCACCUAAUCAGAUACACUGUCAUGAACAUGCCAUAUUGGUUAAUAAUAAGGCAUACAAUGCUAUACUGAACAAAAAUAUGAACGUAACAUG